AUGUGGCUCCUCAGCAGCGAUGGCAACCUCUUCGCGGGCAAGAGGUUCUGGCUGCCACCCGGAUCUACCCAUCUCCUAGGACGCACCUCUGGCAAGACGGAGACUGGCGAACGAAUACAGUUCAUCGACCACAAGUCGGUGUCCCGGAAGCAUCUCGUCAUUACCGUGGGCCAGGUCACGAGCGUAGACCUCUCGAAGUUGCACCAGCGGACUGAGAUUACCAUCAAAGAUGACUCCAAAGCCGGCACCUCGCUCGAUGGCGAACGCUUCUCGAAAGCAAGCAAGACAUUCGAUGGAAGCAAGACGGAGCAUGUGAUCAAGUUGGGGAGCUACGAGCAGGUGUUCAAAUUGACGUGGCUGCCUGUCAUCCUCAGCUGCGCCAGUCCUGGUAAACCUAAGCAUGAAGCCUUUGCAGCAAAGCGAGAGCAGUUGAGCGGCACAGACAUCAAUAUCGUGGCAGAGUAUGUUUCGAAUGAGACGACACAUGCGGUGGUCAAGUCACGCAAUCAUCCGAUUGGGAUGCAAGCGCUUCUACAGGCAAGGUGGAUGGUUGAUUAUGCAUGGCUCGAUGCUGUUUCCGAGGUCACGAGACGGACAUCCCCAGAUGCGAAUGGCGAGCUGAGGAGUGCCUUGGAGGAUGACUUUGAUGCGAGCUGGCCGCGGGAAGAUCAGUAUCUACCGCCUGCCAAGGGUGAGCCAGUAAAGAGACCGGACGAGUAUCUCCUACCCAAGCCAGAACGGGCAGACGUUUUCCAGGAUUUCAUUUUCAUCCUUCUCGCGCAGGGUCAAUUCAACACUCUCCUCCCUGUGAUUACAACGGGAGGCGGCAAAGCACUGUUAUGGGAAGCCGAUGAAAAGAGCACGACGGAGGAUUUUGUUGCGUAUGUGUGGGGAGUGGCUGGUAGAAAAGGCAGCGGAGAGUACAACUUGAAUGAGCAGACAGGCAAAGGUGGCGUGGUGAUUGUCAGGCUUAACGGAGACACAGAUUGGCAAAGGAGCUUCAUGUUUGAUGUGGAUCAGGCGCUUAAGCAGCGCUCGAUCUUGCAGAAUGAGUUCCUCGACCUGAUCUUGAUGAAUGAUGCAAGUGCCGCACGACAGCCACUCCCUGAAACACAAUCGUCUGUUCGUGAUGUACCUGCAAGUCGCACGAGAGCUCACGUACCAAUUGUGCAACCACAAAGUCCGCCACAGGAAGAUCAACCGAUGGCUGGAAGCGAAGAGCGAGGGAGAGUAAUGGAGAGUCGUGAAAGAAGUGUGCAUGAGGUAGAGGACGUGCCACCGGCAGAGCAGCCCGUCGAAGAAGAAGAGCAACCGACGGCCACGAGGCGAAAGUGGAACAAACGUGCCAUCACCAAGUCUCGUUUUCAAGGCUUCGAUGACUUCGACACUAGCCAAUACACCAAGCCAGCUUCGCCAGAACCAGAGCCUAGCUAUGCCGACCCAAGUCAAGCUGACAGUGCCCAAGGCAUGGAUGUGGACCCAAGCCAGACAUCACACCCCCAACAAACACAGCAAAGCUCACGGAAACGUCCUGCACCUAUCGAUGAGGAGGUCGAGGAGCCAGGGAACACGCUGGACGGCUUAAUGCACGGCCAAGCAGCAAUGAAACGCGUUCGCACCGAAGCAGCUGCCAAGGGCGAGAAGAACGGCUUCGCGAAAUCGUUCACCGAAGCGGACAAAGCGGCGACAGAAAAGGCAGCGCAUGCCAAGAAGAAGGAGAAGCAGAUCGAUGUCAAAGCCGCGCUGGCCAAGCGCAAAGAGGAGGAUGAAGAGCGUCGUCGUAAGGACGAGGAGGCGCUGCAGCGGCAGAUGGAAGUCGUGGACAUUGGCAGCAUCGAGCCGGACGUCGUGGAGAUGGAGAUCUUAGUCCGCGAACGAACAGCUCGCGCUGCCAAUGGCGUCGAGCAAGGCGACCGAUGGGAUCCAGCGUGGAAUGGAAGGAAGAACUUCAAGAAGUUCCAGCGACAAGGCCAACGGCGCGGCGGGCCAAGAUUACAGCGUGUUAUCGUGCCGCUGGAGGAAGCGGUCAAGAAACCGUAUGGAGCGGGGGACGAUUACUGGCUGUUGAAUAACAGUACUGCAGGAACGAGCCGGAAUGCACGCCAGAGUCAAAGCCAAGGACAAGGCCCAUCCCAAACUGUCCGGAGCACUGGCACGCAAGCCCAAGGCGAAGAAACCCAGCACACCUCUCCCGGCUCCCUAAGUUUCCGCCGCGCACUCCAACGCAGCCGAGAAGAGGACGCCGAAGUCGAAGCGGACGAUAACGAAUUAGCGGCCGUCAGGGGUACCAACUCCGCCGGCCGUGCUGUCACCAAUUCCUCUGGAUGGAGUGCUCUCGCCGCUCAGAGCCAGACGUUCGGGAGUGCGAGUCAGCGGAAGGCGGCGGGGAAGCGACCGGCUAGUUCGCAGGGUGGUGGCGGGGCGGCGAAGAAGGCCAGGACUGCGGCGCCUGUUGCUUCCGCUUCGACGAGGGCGGUGACUGGUACCGCUGCUGCUGCUGCUGCUGCUGAUGAUGGGUUAAAGUUUCGGAGGAGGAAGAGGGAUUAG